AUGCGUGAGACAGUUCAAGAAUCAUCACGAAUGUCCAGUAGUGAAGAAAAGAUGGGCGAAAAGAAAAAAAAUCCACUAACAUUCUCUCGGGCAUUUUACACUAUAUCCACCCGGGUUUAUAAACCCAUAAGAUUAUUGAGUGUAUUUACCUUUUCAACCAAUGGCCGUCAAGUGGCACGAGCUCCGUACAUCAAAGCAUGCAAGAGACGCGAUCCAGACAUUAACAACUGCAUUACAAAUACAAUUGAAGAGCUGCGGGAGAAGUUGGCGGAGGGAAUACCUGAGCUGAAAGCGCCGGCGAUCGAGCCACUCACCUUGAAGCAAAUUCGACUGCUGCGUGGACCCCAAGGUGCCCGAUUGGAUGUUAAUCUCACCAACAUUCAGGUACGAGGCCCGUCGAAUUUCAGAGUACGUGACUUGAAAGCCAACACUGAGGAUGUUGAGUUUACAUUCACAGUGAGCUUCGAUGUCCUGAGAUUCAGUGGAAAAUACCAAAUUGAUGCUAGACUGCUAUUGUUAAGACUCGCUGGUAGUGGUGAUCUCACGGGCAAUUUCACUGGGUACGAGUCGGGCGUAAUCCUGCGAGCGAAUAAAGUAACGAGAGAUGGCAACGUCUACCUGAACUUCGAGAAAAUGCGUCUGAAUAUAAAAAUUGGCAAAGCCCACAUAUACCUCAACAACCUUUUCGGAGGUGAUCCCAUAUUGGGACCAGCAAGUAAUCAAGUGCUCAACGCAAACAGCGAUUUAUUAAUUGAUGAGUUGCGGCCAGUUCUGGAAGAAGCUCUCUCUGAUUUAUUCACCGAAGUAGCCAACAAAGUCACUAGAUCAUUCACUUACAACGAAUUAUUUCCACUCGAGUAA